CCUAAGUUUGUUUAGAAGGCUCAAUACUGACCUUUGAAGUCGUGGUGUUGUACAGUACAGCUCGCAUAUAGUCGAGUGUCUUCACCCUCAUUACGUACUUAACACGCCUACGGAGUAUACUCCUCUCAUCAUGACGCUGACUACAAUUCUAAAGCAAACCGGCGUAAGCGGUACACGGGUUCCAGGAGUCUUACAAGACUGGCGGACUCUUAUGAGCCAAGAGUAUGAUGCAAAGUGGGAAAGCAUACCUCCAAAACAACGAGCAUUAUCAGUGCAGUUCUCACUCUCGCCAUCAGAGGAGUCCGUCAGGCAAGGCCUACUCUCCGACGCCGAAGGGAGCACUGGUUACCUGCAUCAACCAUUUUCCCCGCUCUUCUCGAAGCUGUCCGCAGAGUUGCGAGAGAUCAUUUACCGCGAGGCACUUUGCAAUGAUCCAGGGCUGUAUAUAAGACCAUCAUGGGAAACGACAAGCAAACAAGAACAAGACCACAAGCCGCGGUUGACAUGCACGACAGCCGCGAGAUUCGAGGAUGAGCCUUUGAUUUUUUGGCGACAGUGGGAGAGCUACGAAGAUCAAGUCGAGGCGAAAAAACCCGUUCUCUCUCUCCCGUUAACCUGUCGCGCGAUCUAUCUUGAGACUAUUGACCUCUUAUACGCCGUCAACACUUUUAUUCUAGAGGACCCAAGUCUCCUUCUCCUUUCUAGCUCUAUUCCUCCGCAGCGUUUCGAUAAUAUCAGAGCGCUUUCCCUGCAUUUCACCCAAUACGGGUCCUACAGCCCGGAGCUGCGGCGCCAGGGAAUGAAGACAUGGGAGCGGGUGUGGAGUACUAUUGCAAAAUUAGAGAAGCUGAGAACGCUGCACAUAGAUCUUAUCGCAGAAAUGGAUAACGAGGAGGAGUGGCUGGCACCUUUGAAUAGCUUGAGGUGUAGUGGACACUUCACUGUGCGGACGGAUGACGAACCUCUCGACAAAGUGGUACGCCGCAUUAGACGUGAAGGGGGCACUUUUAGCAUUCAACUGGACUUGUCAAGUCCACUCGGAAUGUCGAUGAGCGAUGCAAGAGGUGUGCCAGGGUGGACUUAUUAGGUAGACUCGAACAAGUGAUCUAAAAUUACCUGCCAACUGCAAACCCUGUCUCCCGGGGUAUUUUGAAAGGAAAUCUAGACGCAAAGAAAAAAGAAGCAUUGAGAAG